AUGGUUGCAAUUUCCAGGCCUCUCAAGGUCUACUUCCUACCUUUCUUGGCACAAGGCCAUCUGAUCCCUUCCUGCCAAUUUGCUAGGCUCUUCGCUGCACGUGGUUUGCAUGUGACCAUCAUCACCACCUCUGUGAAUGCCCGAUUCCUUGAAAGCUCCAUUGAAGAAAGCAAGGCCUUGGGCCACCAUAUCCAACUUCACAUCAUCAGAUUUCCGUCCGAGGAAGUCGGUCUUCCUGUCGGCAUCGAGAACUUCUUCAAUGUCACAGAUGCUAAGACUGCUGAUAAGUUUUACGUGGCUGCAGGUUUGCUCAAGAAUCAAGUGGAGCCUUUCAUGGAGCAAAACCCACCAGACUGCAUCGUUUCGGAUUUUAUAUACCCAUGGACAGCCCCGAUAGCGACACGUUUGGGGAUUCCCAGGAUUGUGUUCAACUCCUUUUGUCUUUUUGCAGUGUGCAUGAUCAAUGCAAACAAGAGACAAUCACAAUCACAGCCUUCAUCAUCAUAUGAUCAUAAUUCGGGUGGUCCGUUUGUUGUUUCGGGUCUUCCUGACCCAAUCACCCUCACCCUCCGACCACCAAAGUUGAUUUCUCAUCAACUUGAAAGCUUGAUAGAGGCUGAUCAGAAGAACAGCUAUGGUCUCAUUGUGAACAACUUCUGUGAGCUGGACGGUCCCGAUUACAUCAAGUAUUAUCAGAAAAUUACCGAUCUCAAGGUUUGGCACAUUGGUCCUGCUUCUCUCAUGUUACGAAACAUGCAGCGACAGAAGAAUCAUCAUCACCAACAACGUAAUAAGGAGCAUGAAUACAUAAGAUCAUGGCUCGAUUCAAAGGAAUGCAAUUCCGUAGUUUUCGUAAGCUUUGGGAGUUUAUGUCGUUUCGCUGGCCCUCAACUGUUCGAAAUAGCAUGUGGGUUGGAAUCUUCUGGAUGUUCCUUCAUCUGGGUGGUGCACAGGGAAUCCAAACAAAAGAAUCACCGUGACGAAGAAGAUGAAGAGGACGCGUGGUUGCCGUUAGGGUUUGAAGAGAGGAUGAAGAAGGAAAACAGAGGGCUCAUCCUGAUGAAAUGGGCCCCACAGGAAUUAAUACUGAACCAUCCGGCGAUCGGUGGGUUUAUGACGCAUUGUGGGUGGACGUCAGUGACGGAGGCAGUGAGCGCCGGGGUACCGAUGAUGACGUGGCCAGUAUUCAUCGAGCAGUUUUACAACGAGAAGUUGAUAACGCAGGUGCACGGGUUUGGAGUGGAGGUGGGCGCAGAGGAGUGGAAGUCCAGUCCCUAUGAGAGAAUGGAGAAGGUAGUAAGCAGGGUAAAUAUAGAGAAAGCCGUGAGGAGGCUAAUGGACGGCGGAGAUGAAGCUGAGAGGGUGAGAAUGAAAGCCAGAGAGAUGAGAGAGAAAGCUGGAAAAGCGGUGGAAGAAGAUGGAUCCUCACAAAUGAAUUUGACUGCCAUGAUUGAAGAUCUUAAGCUUCUUGCCAUGAAUGGAGCUCGAAAUGGAACUUCUAUGGGUUGA